AGGGGGGCAGAGGAUCGGCACCGCCGAGCUGCAGCCCACACUGAUGCUGCCGCCUCGACGGCUCACACCAGCAGCCUUAAUAAGCUCCCAGAGCACCGGUGAAUGGAUGUGCAAGGCGCCGUCUGACCGAGGAGUCGGGAGAACCACAGUGUAAUUUACAGUGAUCUGUAAAUGCAUCUGUGCCCGAGAUCUCACAAUGAAGAAGUCGGUCCGACCAGCGGUGAGUAAGGUGGGCAACGAUCGAGGAAAAGCCGAGUCCACCACUUCCAGUGGCCCUGGAAAACCUGCUACAAAGACAAGUGGCGGCGCCCCAUUGUCUAAGGUGAAAAGCAACGAUGACCUUUUAGCAGCUAUGGCUGGAGGUAAUCCUGCUUCAAACAGCGCGGUCUCCAAAUCCAAGAGAACCACCUCCAUCGGUACUAAUGCCAGCACUCAAGAAAGCAAGCAGAAGACUUCCACAGGCACUUCAUCAAAACGUGCGACUUCCUCAACUGCAAAAGAGCCAAGUUCGUCCAGAGAUCGUCUUCGAUCUUCCAGAGCUUCUACGAACAAAAAGCAGCUAGUUUCAGCAACGGCAGCAGGUGAUGGGGCUUCAGGGAAACGCUCUCGCAGCCAGAUUUUGGCGGAAUCUGAAAGCCGCAUGAGUAAGUCCAAAUCAGAGGGUCAGAUUAGUGAUAAAGUCGUGUUGGAGGCCAAAGUCAAGGACCUGUUGGGUUUAGCUAAAAGCAAAGACGUGGAGAUUCUUCACCUUCGCAGUGAGCUUCGAGACAUGAGAGCUCAGCUUGGUUUGGGAGGGAAGGAGGCCCAGCCAGAAGCGCCCGGAGAGGAAGAAAAGCCCCACGUUUCAGCCAUUACUGCGGCCGACGUGGAGUCAACUCUAUUGCUCUUACAAGACCAGAACCACACCAUCCGAGAGGAGCUCAACCUGUUGAAAAGCGAGAACAGAAUGCUGAAGGACCGCCUCAAUGCCUUAGGAUUCUCUCUGGAGCAGCGCCUGGAUGCCUCAGACAAGCUCUUCAACUACGCCUCCCUGAGCCCAGACCUGGCGCCAAGCAGCGGUCAGAGCGAUGGUGGGGGCACAGGUACAUUGACCUCCUCUGUGGAAGGUUCAGCGCCAGGGUCUCUAGAGGAUCUCCUCACUGGACACCAGCAUGGGGGUUCUGUGGACAACCUUGAUAGUGAGUCUAGCGAGGUCUAUCAGGCUGUGACUUCCAGCGACGAUGCUCUGGACGCCCCUUCUGGAGCUUCCUCUUCGUCCGAGUCAGAGUGUCCUUCCAAUAUGGAACACUCACGUCGCGGUAGCAGCGGCAAUGCUAGUGAAGUGUCAGUCGCCUGUCUGACUGAGCGCAUACAUCAGAUGGAAGAGAACCAGCACAGCACUGCUGAGGAACUCCAGGCUACGCUGCAGGAACUGGCCGACCUGCAGCAGAUCACCCAGGAGCUAAAUGGAGAAAAUGAACGGCUUGGUGAGGAGAAGGUCAUUCUCAUGGACUCGUUGUGCCAACAAAGUGAUAAGUUGGAGCUCUACGGUCGACAGAUCGAGUAUCUGCGCUCGUUGUUGGAUGACCAUCAUAUAUCAUACGUGCUGGAGGAGGACAUCAAGAGUGGACGUUACAUGGAGUUAGAGCAGCGAUACACAGAUCUGGCUGAUAAUGCUCGCUUUGAAAGAGAGCAGCUGCUGGGGGUGCAACAACAUCUGUCAAACACACUGAAGAUGGCCGAGCAGGACAACGCCGAAGCUCAGGAGAUGAUUGGAGCGCUGAAAGAGAGGAACCAUCAAAUGGAGCGAAUCAUGGAGUCCGAGAGACAAGGGCGCCUCGCCAUGGCAGCUGCGCUCGACGAGUACAAGCUAACAGUGAGCAACGAUCAGGCAGAGCUGAGCCGAUGUCGAACUCAGCUGGAGCAGGAGCGUCAGAGGGUUGCCGAGCUGUACUCGCUUCACACAGCGGGAGACAAGAAUGAUAUCUGCCAGCUGCUGGAGGGUGUGCGGUUGGCCAAGGAGGAGGCUGAGGCCAAGGCUGUAAAGAUGCAGGAAAAGAUGGAACAAGCUCACAAUGAACUGGUCCAGUUGCAGGAAGCUUUCACUAAGCUCGACAGGGAAUAUAGAGACUUCCAAGAGCGGGUGCAGCAGCAACUGACUGAGCGGGAGCGAGCCUUGGAGAAGCAGCGAAUUGACCUGCAGGAGAAGGAGACGGAGAUCGGUGACAUGAAGGAAACCAUUUUUGAGCUAGAGGACGAGGUGGAGCAGCACCGAGCUCUGAAGCUGCAUGACAACCUCAUAAUCACUGACCUUGAGAACUCUGUGAAGAAGCUUCAGGACCAGAAGCACGACAUGGAGAGAGAAAUAAAGAUUCUGCACCGCCGACUAAGGGAGGAGUCAAUGGAGUGGCGACAGUUCCAGGCCGACCUGCAAACUGCGGUUGUCAUAGCUAAUGACAUCAAGUCCGAGGCUCAGGAGGAGAUCGGAGAUCUGCGGAGGCGGCUGCAGGAAGCUCAGGAGAAGAAUGAGAAGCUCAGCAAAGAGCUGGAUGAGGUCAAGAGCCGCAAGCAGGAGGAGGAGAGAGGCAGAGUGUACAACUACAUGAACGCAGUGGAACGAGAUCUGGCUGCGCUCAGACAAGGAAUGGGUCUCAGCAGAAGAUCCUCCACCUCAUCGGAGCCGUCACCCACCGUCAAAACGUUAAUUAAGAGCUUCGACAGUGCCUCUCAAGGUCCACCCACCAAUGGUGCCGCUGUGGCCCCAACAGCAGCUGCGGCCCCACUACCACGCACCCCCCUCAGCCCGAGCCCCAUGAAGACCCCACCUGCAGCUGCAGUGUCGCCAAUACAGAGACACUCUGUGAGUGGUUCCUUGUCAGCGUCCAAACCGCUCUCCUCCUUGAGUGACAAGAGAUCCAACUACUCGGAUAUCACCAUGUCAUCUGACCACCUCCUCAGGGGAGCUUCGGCCAGCCGCCCCCCUUCCGUCAUCCAGAGGGUCUCCACCAUGGAUUCCUCAAAGUCAAUCUCAGUGUCCCGCCGUAGCAGUGAGGAGAUGAAGAGGGACAUGUCUCCACCAGACGGAGCCCCCUCCAGCACACUAAUGUCCAUGAGUGCUGCUUCAUCUCCACUCUCUCUGUCCUCGGCCUCCCCCACCGCCUCCAUCACCCCCACAGCACGCAGUCGCCUCAGAGAGGAGAGAAAGGACCCGCUGUCUGCUCUGGCCAGAGAGUACGGAGGCUCCAAGAGAAACGCCUUGCUCAAGUGGUGUCAGAAGAAGACUGAGGGGUAUCAGAACAUCGACAUCACCAACUUCAGCAGUAGCUGGAACGAUGGCCUGGCGUUCUGCGCUGUGCUGCACACCUACUUGCCAGCUCACAUCCCUUACCAGGAACUGACCAGCCAAGACAAGAGGAGGAACUUCACUCUGGCUUUCCAGGCCGCAGAAAGUGUUGGGAUCAAAUGCACCUUGGACAUUAAUGAAAUGGUGCACACGGAGAGGCCGGACUGGCAGAGCGUCAUGACCUACGUCACCGCCAUCUACAAGUACUUUGAGACCUGACUUCUCCAAGCUGCUCCUGCGCCACCGUCAGACAAUCCUCACGCUUCCUGGAUCCUUCAUAUUCCGCCACCACGACUGUUAUACCUCACUGAGCACAUCCAUUUCUGAGCAGUUAAACAGCAAGGCACAGUUUCUGCUUCCACACUCAGUCUGUGGUUGGUGAAUUCUCCAUUAUUGUAGUCCGACUAAGGGCCGAGUCAUGCGUGUUGCACUGAUGCCACUGAGCCUGAAGAAACUUAGCUGAACUAAUCCCGUGCCUUCCAACUGGCCGAGCAAGUGCGUCGCCUUCAUGCUAGCUCCCCGGAGGGCUUCUUUUUCCGGGAACAGCUUCUGACUAACUGCUAAUAGAGUGUCACGUUGGAGUUCGCUGAAUAGGAUUCUUGAGUUUGAUAAGAGUAUUCAGGAGUUUGCCUGUGUUUGAGCUGACCAAGUGCCUGCUUGACUCUUCUUUCUUGUACUUGUACAUAUAUAUAUAUUUUAAAUGCGGCAAGCUGAAGCUCCUUCACCUUGUUUCCUCUUAAGUUUAUGAAUUAAAGGUUCAAGCAUUGACCAAAUAUGUCACAGAGAUUGGUUGGUUGUCAUGGAAACCUGACAUCACUGUUAAAGCACAGGUGUCUUCAUCAUCGCGUCUUAUUUAGCUUCACUCAGUAUAUUCAUGUUACCUUAUAAUCACCGAAAGAUUAUUUAGGUUUUUGCUGCCUUGCGUUUUUCACCUUGGUUAUUUACGCUUAGGUGGAUGUGGUUGAAGCGAUUUAGAGAUUCCUGGCUCCAGCUGUGAGCCAAGCACUGACUAAUUCAGUUGGAUACGCGAAUUGAAGCCAAUAAAAAAAGUGCCUUAAGAUUUUUUGCUGAAUCAGCUUUGCAAAAUUGAGUCGCCUUCCCGUAACUGGUGUGGAGCGACCCAGCGGGGGUUUGUCCCAGGGCCUUCUGAAAACCUUCACGGUGGCCCCCAGCACAAAGGAAGUGAAGCUCGACAAGCGAAUCCUAACACGCUGCUUUCAAGAGUGAAUCUGUGUUUCCGUCUUACUGACAGUGCUUUCAGACGCAGCAGCCUUUUGAGGGAGGCUGCUCGACACAAAAGCUAAAACAUGGUACCACUUGUACAUCAUUCACCAACUGUUUUAAUGUCAAACCAGCUCAAAUCUGUGAGGUGUUUUUGCUGCCUUCAACUGUGAGUCAUCAUUGUAAAGCUAAUGAACUGAAUUCAGAGGGAGGUCUGCUCUGCGUGUGCCAAGUUGUGGCUGUAUUUAUUUGCUGUGUUCACACAUACUGUAGCUGCAUUCUUGUUUAUUUAUACAAAAGUCUUCAUGGACUGAACACCACACAUGCACAGCGGUAGAAGCGUCUUCCUUUUGAAAAGUUUGAAACCCCCAUUUCCUGUUGCUGUCUGACAAUGUUUCAAGCAGAAGCUCAAAGAAAAGGUGCCUGAGUUGAGAGACUAAUGAUGAGUGGAAUUUGGAAAGCUGGUGAAGCACCCGCCUGCAUGUGUUGGGUGAGAUGCCAGUUGGUGUUAAAUGUGGCAAAUGAAUCACAGGCACAUUCUGUCAUGUUUCCAAACCACAGACGCGAUGCAUGAAGGCGCAGAAGCCGAUCAUUCUCUUCCUGUGUGAUCCACUUUGAAAACAUCUGCAGUUCUCGGAGUGUGAUAUGCGAUGCCGCUCGAGUCCACCAGCCAAGCGUUUUAGUGGGUCUUCCACCGCUGGCCAGUGUGUUUUACUGCCCACAGAAGCAUCAUCUGAAGGCUGCAGAAAGAUCUGAGGCCUCCUGAAGCUGGAGGUGGAAUGUGUUUUGAUCCCGGCGUCACAAUCCCAAGCCCGUUUGAGGUCCAGAAUGCAGGAGCAGGAGUGAUUGAUGAACACUCAACCUCUGCAUGCUGAGGAGAGACCAGACAGCUGGCCACAGACCCGGGGGGUGCACAUUCCACCUCCGCGUGAUGUAGCUGUGACGGGCGCCUCACACUGUCGGCCUGUGUGUGGUGGUGCUGUAAGCAAAGAGUGCAUUGUUUCCCGAGUGGAUCUUCUUCAUCGCAGUUUCUUUUUCUGUUGGACUUCUCUGUAAGUCAAUGCAGUGCUGAAGUGGUCCGGUAACGCGUGUGCCUGUGUGUGUUUGUGUGUAUAAAGGGAGUAACUACAGUAUUAAAUGAAUGAGUGGUUUUAUGUUGUU